GGUCACAGUGAUAUGGUCCGUACGAUCAGUACUGAUAAAACUGGUCAGUACUUGGUGAGUGGUUCCGAUGAUGGUACUAUCAAACUGUGGGAGAUCAACACUGGAAGGUGUUUGAAAACGAUAGAAACUGACGGUGUGGUACGUUCAGUAGAAUGGUGCCCGAAUUCCGCGCUCUCCCUCAUCCUCGUAGCUUCAGGCAACCGCGUCUUACUCAUCAACCCUCACCUAGGUGACUUCGUCGUCUGCAGCAAGACGGACUCCAUCCUCGAAACCCCUCCCCAAAGCGACGCUAUAGUCAGCGAACGCAUCAAGACCACAGUCGAGUGGUGCAACUCCGUCGAAGCCAAUCUCUUCGACCGAGGUGUCCGAAUCACCCUCAAACACUUCAAAGAAGUGUCUCAGGUCACGUGGCACGGCAAAGGCGACUACUUCGCCACCGUAAUGCCCGACGGCCUCAACCGCUCAGUCCUCAUCAACCAAAUCAGCAGAAGACGCUCUCAGCUACCCUUCACCAAAUCCAAAGGUCUAGUCCAAUGCGUCCUCUUCCACCCCACGAAACCGUUUCUUUUCGUCGCCACGCAGCGACACGUCCGGAUAUACGACCUGGUGAAGCAGAACCUCAUGAAGAAGCUGCUCACGAACUCCAAGUGGAUUUCCACGAUGGCGAUCCACCCAGGCGGCGAUAAUCUCCUCGUGGGGACGUACGAUAGGAAGAUGUUGUGGUUCGAUUUGGAUUUGAGUACGAAGCCGUACCAGACGUUGCGGCUGCAUGGUACUGCGGUGCGCGGGGUGGCGUUCCACAAGAGGUACCCGCUGUUCGCGUCGGGCUCGGAUGAUAAGAGUCUGAUUGUGUCCCACGGGAUGGUGUAUAACGAUCUGCUGAAGAAUCCGCUGAUUGUGCCGCUGAAGAGGCUGCAGGAUCAUGAGGGUACCAACGAUUUUGGGAUUUUCGGGGUGCAUUUUCAUCCGUUGCAACCGUGGGUGUUCUCGUCGGGGGCGGAUGGGACGAUCAAGUUGUAUUCUAAUUAAUUUGUUAAUAAAUUUUAUUAAGGAAU